AUGGAUUGUUUUCAACAAGCUACUCCUACCAACUAUCGUCCAUCUUUUUACAGACAUACCAUGGCUGUCCGCGAUAGUCUCGGCCCCGUGAUGGCCGCCUUCAUCGCCAUUGACGGCGUCAUCGUCCUCGCCCGUCUCGGUGUACGAACCAAAUUGACGACUCUCGGUUAUGACGAUUAUGUCAUUGCAGUCGCCAUGGUCGCAUUCAUUCUCAUGUGCGCCUUCACAUUCGUUUCCCUUCACUACGGUUUCGGCGUAUCGGAUCCCGAAGUCAUUGCAGGCAUGGCCAACUACAAUGUCAUGGAAGCCCAGCGAUACUUCACCAUUGCUCAAAUUACAUACGUCGCCGGGUUUCCUAUUGUUCGUAUCAGUGUCGCACUGGUUCUUCAUCGAAUUGUGCAGGGCUGGCCUCGCACACAACAACUACUCGUGGGAACCAUGGUCGUCAUCGGUAUCUACGCCCUGGGCUGUCUUCUGGUGGAUGUGUUCCAGUGCAUCCCACUCAAGGCUGUUUGGGGAGAUGGUACCGGCAAGUGCCUGAGCUCAAAACAACUGGCUGGUUUGGGUUUUGCUGUGGCCGCCUUGGACAUUGCCUCAGCUUUGUUCUAUGCUGUUCUUCCCGUCUUUCUACUCAAGGGCUUGCAGAUGGGUAGAAGAACCAAGGUUGCCAUCAUCAUUCUACUUGGUCUUGGUGCUUCGACUGUCGUCAUUAGUGUCAUUCGCAUGCAGAGUCUGGUCCAGAUCGUCAAUGCUAAGAACAUUGUCGAGGCAUUGGAUAAGCAGCUGGAGUCCUUCAUCUACUCCGUCCUCGAGUUUGGUAUUUCCAUCCUGACAGCCUCUUUGGUUGCCUUCCGUCCACUCAUCAAGUACCUACCAUUCGGUAGUAUGGGACGCAGCUCUGGUCCAAAGGGUCCCUCUGCUGAUAGUAGUGGCCAAGGAAUUAGUGGCAAGAACGACUUUGAGAUGGGUCGACGGAAAUAUGUCAAUAUGCCUGACCCAACCCCCUUGGAUUCUGACGAUGGGGAAAGUCAGCGCAACAUCUUGCAUGAAACUGACAGCCCCCACGACUGGAAACAGUCUGCUGCCACUGUUACAUCUACCUCUAAAUAG